GGUCCGUCCGGGAGAAGGGCGGGUUCUGCCUCCGCCUCCCCGUCUGGGGAGUGAAUCUUCGUGAAGUGAUACGAUGAGUCAGGCAAGAGGCCGUGGUGGCACAGCAGCCAAACCAGAGUAUGUCAAGGAAGCACAGAAUGGUGACCUUCCAUCACCGAGAUUUGGUCACACCACAACCUUUGUGGGAGACAACCGAGUAGUGCUGUUUGGUGGAGCCACCGGUGAUACAGGCAAAUACACCAUCACUGCAGAUGCAUUCAUGCUGAAUGUUGCGAACAACACAUGGUCUCGAAUAGAAGCCGAAGGAACGAUGCCCUUUGCCCGAGCUGCUCACGCAGCAGCAUGUGUAGACCACUCCCAGAUGGUCAUCUACGGAGGAGCAACUGGAGGUGGUAGUCUAUCGUCUGAUGAGCUGUACUUGCUGGACAUCCGCAACGAGGAGCAUACCCAAUGGAUGUCCGUCCCAGUAAUGGGCACAACUCCUGGCCGAAGAUAUGGUCACACCAUGAUCUUCAACAAGCCCUUGUUGAUCGUCUUUGGUGGCAACAAUGGACAGCAGGCGGAGUGUGACAUCUGGAUCCUUGACGUCGAGCGAUCUCCUUUUGCAUGGCAAGAGGUCACGGUUAUAGGGAAGCGUGGGCCGCUUCCGCGAAUCUACCACUCUGCAGAGGUUUGCCGUGACGGUCCGGCAGCUGGCAUGAUGGUAGUUUUUGGUGGCCGGACAGCAGAAAACAAGUCCUUGAAGGACACAUGGGGGCUUCGGCAGCAUCGAGAUGGCCGUUGGGACUGGGUCGAGGCUCCCACAAAGCGUGGACCACCUCCCGAGCCGAGGUUUCAGCACAGCUGCACUUUCGUGGACUCCAAGUUGCUGAUCAUCGGGGGACGUGGACCAGAAGUUAGCAAGCCUUUGCCAACGGCGGUCUAUGAUACCGAGACUUGCGAGUGGCACAACAUUGCCAGCGUCCAGCGGUUUCGCCACUCAUCAUGGGGUAUGGGUGGCCUGCUUUUUUCCUAUGGUGGUUUUGACCAUAAGAAUCCGACAUUCCCAACAGCAGAUUUGCAGGCGAUGGACAUUGAAAACGCGAUCGCCGCUUCGCUGAGUGGAGUUUCAACAGAGGGAGAGGCUGCUCCAGCAGACGAUGCCAAUCGCACCGGCUCCCUGGCAGAUGCGCCCAGCACUCUGGACAUGAUGGCUCCCACCUACACAGGAGGGCGCGCACCAAAUGGCCGACCAGCCGAGACCCGUCCGGCCACGCCACCUCGCAGCCGAGCAUUAGCACCUGCUCCUGCAGCGCGCGUGGACCUUACCCCUGGCGACGUCAAAGUGUCACCGCAGGUGUACGUCAGCCAUGAGAAGGAUUUCACGCACCUGGUCGAGAAGGUCGCGAUAGAGAAUCUUGCGGAGGAAGGUCGCAAAAUCCAUUCUGCCAACGUCAUGGCGAACAUCGCCAGAAGCGUUGGAGAUGAUGGUGUGCACAAUCGUUGCAUCAACGCGUUGUUGCAGCCUACAACGUGGCAACCAGACGCAAAUCCAAACGGCUUCCUCUUGACUGCAGCAGAGGUGAGUCGAUUGUGUGACAUGACCCUUGAGGUCCUGAAGUCGCAGGAGAUGAUCCUUAGGCUUCGAGCACCCAUCAAGGUCUAUGGUGACAUUCAUGGUCAGUACCUCGACCUGAUGCGGCUUUUUGCAAGGUACAAAGCACCUUCUGAUGGUGAAAACGGCGACAUCGACUCCAUGGACUACCUGUUCCUAGGUGACUUCGUAGACCGGGGGGCAUUCUCUCUGGAGACCGUUUGUCUUCUUUUCUCCCUCAAGGUAAAAUAUCCCAAUCAGAUCCAUCUGAUCAGGGGCAACCACGAGGAUCCAACAAUUAAUGCCAUCUACGGCUUCCGCGAUGAAUGCCGACGUCGCUUAAACGAGGAACCUGAAGAUCCAGAAUCGUGCUGGAACAAAUUUAACAGGGCCUUUGAAUUUCUUCCAGUGGGAGCAGUGAUCGAGGAUAAGAUCCUUUGUCUCCACGGUGGUAUCGGGGGCUCAGUCAAUUCUGUAGCUGAAGUUCGUGCCUUGCAAAGGCCGCUUCAUGUAGCUCAGAUUCCUCAGACGCCCAUGGAGCAACGCAUCACAGAUUUGUUGUGGAGUGAUCCUUCUGACAAUGACUCCGUUCCAGGGGUCACGCCUAACGAGACACGGGAUCCUGAUGGCACUGGCCGAAUUGUGAAGUUUGGCCCGGAUCGGGUGGAGGAGUUCCUUGAAAAGAAUCAUCCACUGUCCAUGAUUAUCCGCGCACACGAAUGUGUGAUGGAUGGUUUCGAACGCUUUGCCAAUGGCAAAUUGAUCACGGUGUUCAGUGCCACGGACUAUUGCGGCCAUCACAAGAACGCUGGCGCCUUGCUCUUUGUUCGACGUGAUCUCACGAUUGUGCCGAAGUUGAUCUACCCCGUGGAACGAUUGGGGGCAAUGUGGGAUCCACAAAUCAUCCAACAGCGACCUCCAACACCACCUCGUCCAGUCCCAAGAGCCAGAAAACUCAAUGACGACGAGCCAGGAUUGGAACCAUGGUGACGUGUUGGUUUCCUACGAUCAACAGUAGUGCUUUGUAGCGCUGCCUUUUCCGUGGAGUACGUCACACCCAUUGCCAACUCUGUGAGCAUGAAAAAAUCUUUGAGUCUCCUAUCAUUUGCCACCUUAGACCACCUUGUUGUAUUGGCAAUCUGAAUUUGCCAUCAGCCUCAUGAGCAGAGCUAAU